CAUUUCAAGUGCGAUGGAGCUUGUGCCCUUGGUCUACCUCGGACUGGUAAAAUCUCAGGGAAAAGGGGAAAUGACAGACUGCUAGCUGCAUUGUUGCUUUAUUGUGAAGCCAUGAAAUAUUAGUUUAAAGUUGACCAAUAUUAGAGAACUUGCCCCUAAGACUAUUCUGCAUCUUCAAGGCAAAAUAAAUAUUAAACUAUAAAAUCAAGAAUCUAGGGAAAAAUGAAACAUGAAUAAAUAAAUAUAGACUAUCAGGAAGAUCUGAUCAGGAUCAACCGGGAAGCCAAAAAUGGCUCAGAAAUUGAAUGCAAAUCAGUAGCUACUCGAAGAAAGAUUUAGUGGCUGAACCCAUCUCAAGAAAAUGCAGAGGCACAACACCUCAAGGUCUUCAAGAUGCAUUUCAAGAAGCUUUCUAACAAUGCUAUGCACUCUAUUGCUCAUUAGCCUCCUCAUAAUUGUCACUUUCAGUUCCUAUACCUCUUAUCCUCCUUUCAUCUUCCCAACCAAGACCACCAGCAUCUCCAAUGACCUGAUUUAUUUGCCUUAUUCACUUCACAGCCAAGUCACCAAUUUGCAGACCCAACUUGGGGUUUUGCUACAGCAACUGCAUAAUGAAAGUUCAGAUUCAAAAACACUAGCAAGGUUUUCUGAUCAAGUUCUUCAGAUAGCCUUAUCCUUGGACAAACUUGCUGAUGGUUUAUCAAGAAUAUCCAGCAAUGCUCCUGCAAGUGAUAAUGAAAUGAGCAAAGUUGAUGAAGACUCAAGUGAACCUGAGGAAAGUGAAGAAGACCAAGAAAGAUCGACGAGUGUGAAGAACUUCAAUGCAAGAGAGCUUCACGACUAUAUUUCAUCAAAACCUAAUAGGCAAGAUGGGAAGAAAAUCUUUCUUGGAGUAGAGGCAAUUAGUCCUUCUAUUGGAUUAUCUUGUGCUAACAUGCCAACAAAUGUAGACCGUUUCAUGAGUUACAAAAUGUAUGGGAUGUGCCCAGAUGAUUGGGAUUUGGCUCAAAAGCUUAUUGCUGCUGGGUGUGAUCCAUUGCCAAGAAGGAGAUGCCUAUCAAGACCACCUCCAAAAUACAGCAAACCGCUUCCUGUGAACUCUUCUCUUUGGAGUCAACCUAGCAGUGAUAACAUCUUGUGGAGCCAUUAUAAAUGUAAAGAGUACUCAUGUCUUUUUUCUAAUGAAACAGUUAAUAGAAGAGGUUUCUUCAAAUGUUCAGAUUGUUUCAAUCUUUCAAAACGAGGAUGGGAAAAUGAGGCUGUUUCAGCUGAAUUCACCAUUGAAGAAGUAUUGGGAUUGAAGCCAGGAGAGAUUCGAGUUGGACUUGAUUUUAGCCCUACAACAGGCACAUUUGCUGCACUUAUGAAGGAAAGAAAUGUAACUAUUGCUUCAGCAACCUUGAAUUUAGGUGCCCCUUUUAACGAAGUUAUUGCACUAAGAGGUCUUUUGCCUCUCUACCUGUCAAUUGGAUCAAGAUUGCCAUUUUUUGAUAACACACUCGAUAUUGUUCAUUCUACUCUAUUUUUGGAUGGGUGGAUUAGCAUGGAACUCCUCCAGUUCGUGCUGUUUGAUUGGGAUCGAGUUCUCCGACCCAGGGGAAUCCUUUGGGUGGAUCGAUUCUUCUGUAAGAAAGAAGAUUUGCCGCGGUAUCUCGAUGAGUUUGCUGGGCUAGGAUAUAAGAAGCUACUGUGGAGAGUGGUACCAAAGACAGAUAAACUGGAAGGUGAGCUCUUCCUUUCUGCUGUGCUAGAAAAGCCAAUCAGAAGAUGAAACUACCAGCAUGUUCAUCCUGUGGAAAGGAAUAAUCAAGCUGCUUGUUCUUGAUACAAGCAUACCUCAUUUCUCAUUAUAGAGGCAUUAGCAUAGAAGAAUUUUACUAACAUUGAAUUCAUGAAGCACCUAGUGUACAAUAAUCCAGCAUAUUCUUGGCAUGAGAAAUGUUGCAACAUA